UGCUUUUAGUCGUCCUAUCAACUUCCGACAAGUUGGCAGCUAGUAUAUCAUGCUUCGCUACAUUGCGUUACUUGCCGCGUGACCUUGUCUUUUGGCGAAAUGCUCUUCUAGGAAACAGGGUAUUCCCUUGAAGGACUUUCCCUCUAUAAGAUUGUCUAUACUCUUUUCCUCUUACAUUCGUAUAGCAUUUUUGGGAGUGAUGCUACGAAGGAACAAUUAAAUCGCAGAUUGAUAAAAUAUGGGAUGUGUGCUAACAAAAAUCAGAGACUGGGCUAAAGCUGCUUGGAACCGCGUGAAGGAGGGUUUGAAAUGGCUUUGGCAUAAAAUUAAAAACCUGUUCUCCAGCAUGGCGGAUCUUUUUUUUAAGCUUUUUGGCCUGCUUCGCGAAAGAGAGAACGACAGACAAGUCCAGCAAAACCACAUCAACUUGACACAGAAUGUGACGAUAGAGAGCGAUCGCUCCAGUCUGCGAGCCGGAAAUAACGACGAAGGUUCUCGUCCCAGGCACACAUCAGAGAGCAGGCGCGUACAUAGAAGGCGGCCCAGGUUACACAGGCAUCCCCGUCGGUCACCACAAAAUGCCAGGAAUAAUCGGAUGAUUGAAGCACUAGGCAAGGCCGAAGAUGCAUUUAGGGACAUGAGGUUGAUAAUGACAGAAGACGCGGAGCACGAGAAUUCCGAGCUCACCAAUCAGAGAUUGCAGGAUUUCUACCGCAGGCAUGAUGUGGACCAAUUGCAACGCGAAAUAAACAGCCUGAGUAGGGUAAACCCAGUGCUGUAAUGAAGCAGUCCAAUCCUGAAAAAGUGCUCUGAUGAAGCCAACAGAUUAGCUUAGUUUGAUGUCUAGUUAUAUGUUAUCAGUAGUUGAAAGCAAACGAUGUAGCAGAGUAAUACACGAGAAUCGUAGCCCUCUACCCACCCCUCCCCCCACACCUUUAAGAUAUGUGUAUCAACGAGAAGACGCCUUGAUUUGUGGGUAGCUACCGGGUUUUACUUCUGUACGUUGUUACACGACGAAGGACUAAAAGAAGUUUACAAGAUGUUUUAGGGUAUCUACCGCAUCCCUUUUAUAUGCUCCUAAGACGGCAUGCCCAUUCAGAAACCCUUAACUGACAUCCCGAAAAGCUUCGUUUAGUAGGUCCUUAGCCAAUGCGUGUACGAAGGGUGACCUUCCAACGUGGGAGUGCCAGUGAGUUACCCUUGGACUUGCCGUGACGUACUUAAUGAUUACAUGGUUAUUAUUGACUACGGAGGUAACACACUACAUGCUUGCUGUGUUAGUGCGCAUGGCAUGACUACGGAGGUAGCACAAUACAUGCUUGCUGUGCUAGUGCGCAUGGCAAGCUUCACGUGUUAUCAUAAUGAUUGACAUCAUUCCAACCAUUUUUACACUCGCUUUCUUGAUACCGAAUCUCGCUAUACCACAGUUAUUUCGCUAGACCUAGAUGAUACCUAGAGCUACCUGUGCGUGAAAUCAGAUCCAGCUUUCUACCGGUAGUUAAUGCGUACGGAACGGGAAUAGGCGCUCGAUUUACGAUUCUCGAGUAUCACUUGAAAACAAUAUGGACACGCCUACAAUUAGGGAGGGAUCAACUGUCACAGACCCCUAACUAAACAAAAACGCUCCAUGAUAAAAGUCUAAAAUGAUAAAAGCCUUCAAUGUUAAAAGUCUAAAAUGAUAAAGUUAAUAGUCUAAAAUUAUAUUAGUCUAAAAUUAUAAAGUUAUUAAAAGAGCGAGUCCCGUUACCUUGCGUUAAUUCCUCGCGUGACCAAGUACUAGCGAAUCCCGCCACCCUGCGUUAAUUCCCUGCGUGACAUAUGUCUAUUAACCGCUGUGAGGAGGAAUGGUCCCUGAUUUUCUAUGAUUUCUAUGCUAUGAAAGAAGAAUAAAUACGCAAGAAUUUAACUGCA